GCCCGCAGCGGCACCGCCCCCCGCGCCUGCGCACGGCCCGGAUCCGGGGUUAGGGGCUGGGGAAGCUGCGUCGCCCUCGGAGCCUCCGGCCCUGUCAAUUCCCGGUGCCUGGCGCAGCCCGGCCCGGCCCGCCGAGCAGAAAUGGGAAAAUCUCUUUCUCAUCUACCGAUACAUACGUGUAAGGAAGAUGGCUAUGAUGGAGGUACAGUGUCGGAUAAUAUGAGGAAUGGGUUAGUUCACUCAGAAUCACACGGUGAGGAUGGCAGAUGUGGGGAUGUGUCACAGUUUCCAUACGUGGAAUUCACAGGAAGGGAUAGUGUCACUUGUCCUACCUGCCAGGGAACGGGAAGAAUUCCACGAGGGCAGGAAAACCAGCUGGUAGCACUAAUUCCAUACAGUGAUCAGAGACUAAGGCCAAGAAGAACAAAGCUCUACGUGACUGCUUCUGUAAUUGUAUGUCUCCUACUUUCUGGACUGGCUGUAUUUUUCUUAUUUCCUCGUUCAGUUGAUGUUGAAUACAUUGGUGUGAAGUCAGUCUAUGUCAACUAUGAACAGAGCAGACGUAUAAUAUAUUUAAAUAUUACGAACACACUAAAUAUAACAAACAACAACUAUUAUUCUGUUGAAGUAGCAAACAUCACAGCCCAAGUUCAGUUUUCAAAAACAGUUAUUGGCAAAGCACGGCUAAACAACAUCACCAACAUUGGUCCUUUGGAUAUGAAACAGAUUGACUAUAUGGUGCCCACAGUCAUACAAGAUGAAAUGAGCUACAUGUUUGACUUCUGUACUUUAGCAUCAAUCAAAGUGCAUAACAUAGUAGUGAUGAUGCAGGUGACGGUGACAACCUCUUACUUCGGCCACUCUGAGCAAAUAUCCAGAGAGAAAUACCAGUAUGUGGACUGUGGAGGAAACACAACCUACCAGCUGGGCCAGUCAGAAUAUUUAAAUGUACUUCAGCCUCCUCAGUAAAAGCACCUGUUUGUUAGUGUGGAAUGACUGCUCUUGAUGCUUGCAGAAAUCCUUUGAAUAGGACUGGUACUUUGUAAAAGAGAGAAUAUGUGCGUGUUAUGCAAAGGAAACAUGGUGGCCUGUUCACUUUAAUUGCAAGGAGGGAAAAGUUUCAAAAUGUAUAUAGAUGCACUUGUUAAAUGCUGUGUUUUUUCCCCUUCUGUUUGCUUUCUGUUACUGUAAACACUUCUGUCAAGUUGUGUGGUUGGAGGGAGAGGGGGAAUUACAGAUUCUUGAACUGAAUUGGGACCUUGCUUUUACAGUGUGGUAUAUCAAUUUAGAGUAACUGUGUGUAUUUGUCUGUUUAGGUGAAAUGUGUCACUAAUGAGCAUUUUAGAAGAAUUGAUACUCAUAACUAAGUUUAUAUUUUCAGUUCUUGAUAUUUGACUCUUGAAACUUGCAGUAUAACUACUUAAAAUUGCUUUGAGGGACCUUGGUGUAAAACUAAUAUUAGUAAACCAGUGGCAAUAUUUCUUUGGUUGGAAUUCUACUUUCUGCUAUAUUUGAUCAGAAGUGAUAUGCAGUCUGUGAAAGCCAGGGAAGCUCUCAUGGAGGACGCUAUACUUGAAUGUGCAACUUUUAGAAUCUGGCAUCCUCUUGUUCAUAUUGCCCCCUGCCAUCUCUUGGAUGUUAUAAGGAGAAUGUAUGUUGCUAGGUUUUAAAAAAGAAAUUCUCCCAGCCAAAUCAUUGCUGACAAAGGAAAAAUUCAAGACUGGAAAGUGAAGGAGUUGAGACUUCGACAAUGUCAUUCCAUUCUUUUGUUUUUCAGUUAAACUUCCGAGUAAAACUAUUAAAAUCAGAAUUGUGUAGUUAGGAACUAAGUGGAAACCUGUUUGAGCAUGAUUUUGGGCAGCUGGAUGUAAAUCUUUAGCAAUUUUAUUGCUGUGAUAUACUUUGUAUCUAAGCUCCUUGUCAGUGCUAACACUUUGGGGUGUGUGUAUUUAGUGCAGAGGCUUGGAAAGCAAUGCAUUAGUUACGUGAAUCUCCUGAGUGCUCAUAGUUCACAUCAGCUGUGGGGUUAUGAUAAAGCAACGCCUUCUGAAAGAAUAAAUGUUAACUUAGAACAAAACUAAUACAAAAUAGUUUAAUCGAUUUCGUUUGCACAAUGAGAAUUUCUGGGGUUUCUAUCAAAUGCAGUAAUUGUAAGUUUCAGGUUCCAAAUUGCUUGACUUCUAAAAACUGACUGUUCUAAGGGCACGGUGCAAAACUCUUUAGUUAACUAGAUUGGGAUUGAUUUAAUUCUGAAUUAAGUGAAGCUUCAAGGAAGUUCUAUUGAGACAUUGUAAUGAAUACUAAAUUUUUGAAACGCUGUAGUUUUUAUGCUGCCCACCUCCUGGAAAUAAGCUAUAUAAAAUGAUUUAGCAAUAAACACUAUGUAAAAAAGCUACAGAGUAACUUCUUGCAACUAAUGAUCCUUUAUGCUGCGGUAAUUUGGUGAAGUUGUGUCUAUUAUUCUUCAUCAGUGUUCUUCAGGUGGACCUAAAGGUGGUGGUGGGGAAACAUAUCAGUUAGGCAAGUCUGAUUAUUUUUUUGUUUUGUUUUGUUUUUAAGGGGAAGGAGAAAAAAGUAUAGAAAAAAAAUCUGUCUGAAUGUAGUGAGCACUUAUUCUGGAUACCAAUGAAAAAUCUGACUAUUAUAUUGGAAUGUAAACUGUCAGUUUCCUAUAAUUUCUGAUAGGACUGAAAAGUUGAGUUUUGGUUUAGGAGAACUUCAGUACUGGAAUCUUGAGUACUACUUCAGACCAGACUAGAAGGAAGCUGGCUAGAAGCAGAGAAGUAACAUCUAGUAUGUGACAUGGAAGGAUUCACUUCUGUUGGAGCAUAUGGGAAGAAAUCUGUUUUAAACCAUGUUGUAUUUGAAGUUAACCAGUGAGCAGUAUUUUUUCCCUCUGUGUUCGAGUAUUUAAGCCUUGAGUUUGUUGUACUUAUUUUUUUCUUGCUUGAUUUUGAUGUGGGAAAAAACAGCCCUAGGCAGAUAUAUAUAUAUAUAUAUAUUUUGUACCAGUUUAAAUCAAAAUUUUAUUCAAAGGAAAAAAAGUAAUCUAAAAUAACUGGAAUGGUGUGGUGAUGUACUUAUUUGGUCACAGUAGGUAGCAGAUGCUGCUUGAACGAGUGUUUUUAGGGAUUUUAUGCUUGCUUAUGUGGUGUUGUGACACAACUCAGACUGACAUUUGGAAGUUUGGCAGACAUGCUGAGCAAAAUGCAUACUUAAUCUGUGAAUCUCCCACUGCUUAAAAUGCUGUGUUAUCUACUUUAAAAUGAAAUGUGCUGAGUGGGAUUAUUCUUUCCAUGGAUAUGGUGGGAUAAAAUAUUGUUUUUAAUAACUACUUUUCACCUGGGAUACCUUAUGGGUAUAAAUUUUAACACUAUUUAUUUGUGGUGGGAUUACUGAAUAACUAAGAUUUUAACUAACCUGAAAGUAGAAUCUGGUAGUAUUGGUGAAUUUUCGGAUUAAGUAAUUUACAGGAGCAUUAAAAGCAUGUUACUUUGUGCUUGCAGUAACUGUCAGCAUGUUGGUAACCAAAGUUUUGUAAACAACUUAUGAUUCAAAUGAAAGACUUCUUAUAACCUCAUUUAUUUCUAUUGAUUUUUGUUUUGUAACAAAUGAGAGCCUUAUGGUCCACUGUAGUCCAAGUAGUACAAAUUCUAAAUUCUUUGCAGAAGUUCAGCUUGAAGAACCAUUGUCUUUCCUGAUUUCUUUUCAUCUGUGUAAGAGGUUUUCUGAUGGGUUAACUUAUUUAUUUUUCUGAAAUGAUGAGUAGUUCAAUUGUAACUUAUCCCUUAAUCUUAGAAUAUGAUCAAAUAUUUCAAGGGAUUUAUUUCUGGUAUUCUUUUCACUUGAACUAUUUCUUGCAAUUCCUGUAGCAAAACCUAUUGCACUUUAAAAUAAAGCUCUUUUAGUUAUCUGUUGAAACAGUGGUUCAGGUAUUGUAGUGCAGUGGCACAGUCCAAAACAAAAACCUUAAUGUAUUCCAUACACAAUAGACAUAAAAUUUCAAAAUUUGAAGUUAGACUGUUAUGAAACAAAUGAGUAUGAAUGUUAGCUGAUUUGCUGCUCUGACUCACAGAACAAAAUUAGAUUUAAAUAUGAUGCUUCAAAAAUGAAUGAGUGAAGCCACUAAAACUUGAAGAUUUGUUUAUCCAUCUUGGUGUUUGAGGGGCAAUUGCUCGCUGCUUAAUUUCAUGUGAAAGACAAGCAUUAGGUAUCUUAUCCUGUAUAGUGCAGCUUUGAAGUUCUUAAUGCACUUCUGGCUUGUGCAUGACCUUGAUGUUAAUGUUGUGGUAUAUUUUGCAGCCUUGUGCUGGUGCAGUUAAGUACAUGCCUCAGUUGACUUCCAGUUUGUCCUUGAAGUCCUUCAAGUGAAUAAAUUUCUUCAUAGCAAUUAAUUGCAAACAUGACUAGUCUUUCUAGUGUGUGGCUAACCACGGAAUUUCUGAGCUCUUAGAUUGAACUGUGAGGGUUUUUUACCAUCAGACUGAAACGUUGUGCCCGCAUGAUGGGAAGGAUGAUUUUUGUAGUAGUGUAAGAGAGAUUUGUAGACUUGAAAAAAUAAUUUAUUUCUUUAUUUGUUGUUUGCUAUUUGAGGCUUCCUUCUGGGAGGUGGGGAGCUGAUUGGAGAUUCAAUUGUGGUUUUGCUUUUUUCCCCUGUUCUCUCUCCCCAGUCUGUAAUGGGUUAUCUGUGUGUUACCAUCUUACAAAAUGGGUGACUUUUUUCAGAGUCGGGCACCUACAUGAACCUUCACAUCAGUGAGACUGGACAGGUAGUUAAGAUACAACUAAGACUAGCAGUAAUACUCUCUUCUGAACUAAGUUUUUUUUAUUGCCUCUAACAAAAACCAAAACUCUAGCAAUGCUUCUAGGCUUAUUACUUCUGAAAGGGAAGGAUGAACAGGAUGAAUGCAGCCAAUGUAAUAAAAUCCAACCAAACACGUUAAAAACAAUUAUUUGGGUAUGGCAAAAACAUCUGGUAUUUGUCUACUCGAGAAGCCAUUUUCUUUUUUUCUUUUU